GCGCUGCAGUGCCUUCCCCGCCGCGGCCCCGCCCGCCCCCGCCGAGCCGAGCAGAGGGCGGCGGCGGCGGCUCGCGCGGCCCGGGAGGAGGCGACGAGGAUGGCGGCGGCAUCGUGGGCGCGGCGGAGAUGAGCGCCAGAGGCCCCGGGCCCAGGGCGGCGCGGCCGGAGUGGGCGGGGGUCCCGAUGCAGGCCCGAGGGGGGCCAUGGGGCAGGUCCUGCCGGUCUUCGCCCACUGCAAAGAAGCUCCGUCUACAGCCUCGUCGACCCCGGACUCCACGGAAGGAGGAAAGGACGACUCGGAUUUCCGCGAGCUGCACACAGCCCGGGAAUUCUCGGAAGACGACGAGGAGGAGACCACUUCGCAGGACUGGGGCACCCCCCGGGAGCUGACCUUUUCCUACAUCGCCUUCGACGGCGCCGUGGGCUCCGGGGGCCGCAGGGACUCGGCUGCCCGCCGCCCCCGGCCCCAGGGCCGCUCCGUCUCGGAACCGCGAGACCCGCCCCCUCAGCCGGACCUGGGCGACAGCCUGGAAAGCAUCCCCAGCCUCAGCCAGUCCCCGGAGCCCGGACGCCGCGCGGACCCCGGCCCCGCGCCCCCCGCCGACCACCCGCUGGAGGACCUGAGGCUCCGGCUGGACCAGCUGGGCUGGGCUGCGCGGGAAGCGGGAUCCGGGGAGGACUCCGCCACCAGCAGCUCCACCCCGCUGGAAGACGAGGAACCCGACGGCUUGGAGGCGGGAGGACCCGGGGCAGAACUGGACCCGCGACUCGGACUGGCUCAGCCCUCACCGCCAAAAGUCUUGACCCCUCAGCCCAGCCCGGGCCCUGGGACUCCCCAGGCCGGUACCCCGUCUCCACCCCGAUCCCAAGAUUCGAACUCUGGGCCUGAUGAGCCCUCGCUGGCCGAGGAGGAAGAGCCGAGGGGGCGACUGGAGCGGGAGCCAAUCACAGCACAGUGCCUCGAUAGCACGGACCAAUCACAGUUCACUUUGGAGCCACACCUUCUCG